ACAGCGCCGUAUCAGUCAGUGACGCCGUUUGAGGAAACAGGAACACCCCAUCCAGCGUAAGAGACUCCAGAGAUACUUUCUGUCACGAUGAUGACCGCUACCAACGCCCCACCUGCCUACGUGGUUGCGCCUCAGCCCGUCGGCCAGCAACAACUGGUGACGGUGCAACCCGCUGCCGGCGUUACUUUCGGCACGGUCAACCCACAGCCUCGAAGUGGUAACUGGAAGGGUAUUCUAUGGACAGGAAUAAUUCAAGUGGUUUUGGGUUCCUUGACCGUCAUUCUGGGCAUUGUCACCCUUUCAGCAUUUAACCGUGUGAACGAUAGCAGUGAUAUUGCAUCCCCACUUUGGUGUGGUAUCGUAUUCUAUGGCUUCGCUGGAAUCUGUGCUAUAGUGUCUGGAUCUACGAAGAAUUCUGGCUGGGCUGUCGGCUACAUGGUCAUGUCCAUCUUGGCUUGUUUGGCGACGUGCUGCGUCAUUGGUUUUGGUGCUGCCAGGAUGUCAUUCAUCAAUGAACACUGCUAUCCGCGUUUAAUUACGCGUUAUCUUUAUAAUUAUUAUGGCCGCGUCGUGGCCGUCUUCGUGGCCGUCUAUGACGAUCCUCGUUCAUACUGUGAUUUGAAGGCAGCCAUCGAUGAUGUUUCUGCUACACUGAUACUUCUCGCCAUGGUGGAGUUUAUUGUCGCCAUCAUUGGUGCCAGCAUGACCUGUGGUCCCCUCUGCAGUGGUGGAUCAGCAACUCAGACUGUGAUCCACUACCAAGCUCGACCACACAUGGUGGUUGCCACACAGCCCCAGGGACCGGCCUUCUACAACGUUCCCUCUGGCCAGCCACAAAUUGCCUACCCAGCUCAGCAGGGGCAGUAUCCGCAGGCUCAAGCGCCCCCACCUGCUUACCCAGCCCAGCAGGUGCAGUAUCCGCAGGCUCAAGCGCCCCCAACCGGUGAGCAUCAGUACCAAGAACUCAUUAAAUAGGUCAUCGAAGACCUUUGACCUGA